AUGGCAUUCUCUGGAACAUGGCAGGUCUACUCCCAGGAGAACAUUGAAGACUUUAUGCGUUCUCUCUCUCUUCCAGAGGAUGUGAUAAAGGUUGGAAAAGACAUCAAGCCAAUUAUUGAAAUCAAACAAACUGGAGACAACUUUGUCAUUACAACGAAAAAUCCACGUCAUUCAGUAACAAAUCAAUUUACCAUUGGAAAAGAGGCUGAGAUCACCUCCAUGGAUGGCAAAAAGCUAAAGUGUACUGUUCAAAUGGAAGAAGGGAAGCUAAUAUGCAGGUUGCAAAACUUUGUCCACUUACAGGAGGUGCAGGGGUCUGAAAUGAUUGAAAAACUUACUGCAGGCUCCACCACAAUGAUUAGAAAAAGCCGACGAAUUUAA